CCAUUAUCAAAACCUUCAACCAAAAACAAAAAAAUUAACACCAACAAUAACAGCUUUACUUGUAGCAAUUUGGGUAACAUAACAAUAACAAUAUCAGUAACAAAUGGGUGCUGCUGAUGCAAAGAGCGAAGGUGAAAAGAAACCAGCUGCUGAUGCUGGCGCUGACAAGAAACCAGCUGCUGAUGCUGGUGGUGAAAAGAAAGAUGAUGCCAAGGUUAUUUCUGUUUACAAGAUUGACAUGCAUUGCGAAGGCUGUGCCAAGAAAUUUAGAAGUGCUGUUAAGCGUUUAGAAGGCGUGGAAGCGGUGAAAACAGAUUGUGAAGGUAACAAACUGACGGUCACCGGUAAAGUGGACCCUGCGAAAGUUAAGGCUAGGCUUGAGGAGAAAACUAAGAAGAAAGUUGAUAUUAUAUCUCCACUACCCAAGAAAGACGGCGGUGGUGAAAAAAAACCGGAGGAGAAGAAGCCGGAGGAGAAGAAACCUGAAGAAAAGAAACCACCUAAAGAGAGUACGGUCGUUUUGAAAAUCAGAACACAUUGCGAUGGUUGCGUUUCAAAAAUGAAGAAGAUUAUCGUGAAAAUCAAAGGAGUUGAUAGCGUAUCAGUGGAUGCACCAAAAGAUCUCUUGACGGUCAAAGGAACAAUGGACGUGAAUACAAUGGUUCCUUACCUCAAUGCCAAGCUCAAGAGAACUGUCGAGGUGGUACCUCCGAAGAAGGAUGAGCCAAAGAAAGAAGGCGGCGGCGGAGGAGGAGAAGCAAAGACUGAGAAAAAAGAAGGCGGAGGAGAAGCAAAGGGUGAAAAGAAAGAAGGAGACGGAGGCAAAAAGGACGCUCCGGCUCCGGCGGCGGAACCACCUAAGAUGGAGGUGAGCAAGCUGGAGUAUUUUCCAGCUCCGGCACCGACUCAUUGGUUAGACGGAGUAUUUGGACACAGUUAUUCAGCCGAGCCACAUCAUCAACAAGGGUACUACCCCGUAAAUCAUCAAGCGUACAACCCGGUAAUGAACCACGGAUCAUACGGAUAUGUACAGCAGGGAUAUGUACAGCAAGGAUACGUUAUGGAACCAAUGUACAACCAUCCAAUGCAUGCUCCACAGAUGUUCAGCGAGGAGAAUCCUAACGCCUGUUCUAUUAUGUAAAUAGCUUUUCUUUUUUUUUGUUUAAGUAAUAGGGAGAUAAAAGUAAAUAUGAAAAAAGAAAAAUACUCCUUUUUCUUUUCUUAGGUUUUAGUAGAGGAAUAUAUUAACGUUGUACCCUCGCCGGCCGGCCUGUUUGGUCCUUUGUCGGUUUAAGUUGGGCUGUUUUGUUUACUUUGUUCUUUAAUUAAUCAAAAUUCCUAAUUAAUUUUUCUUA